AUGACAGCCAGUAUUGACUGGAACACCAUCGACCUGGGGGGCGAAACUGAUACUUCUAUAACAGUGUCGAAUGGAUCAUUGGUUGUUCCAAAGGGGCUUGAGAAGAUCGACAAUUUCAUCACGGAAGAAGAUGCAAGUGAUCUGCUAUCAGGAUUCGACCGUCAGAGCUUCACUUGGGCAGGCUUUGAGCAACGGCGAAAAGUUACGCGCUUCAAGGAGGAGGAUUUGAAUGGUGGUGGCUUGCCAAGUGGGAUUGAAAAUCUGGUGCAAAAGUUCAUUCAACAGACGGGAAGAAAACCAACCGAGGUUGCUGUGGAGGAAUACCCAAAGAACCAACUCCACAAACUGUUGAAUACCGACAAGGCGACAGUCUCCACUUUUGAAGCCUCUACCAAAUUUAACUAUCAAGAAGAAAAGAACGAUUAUUUCAUGGCGAUUCUUCCUAUUUAUGCAUCGGCUGUCGAAUACAUUAAUAGACCCAAGAUACGGAAACCUGAUUGUUGGGAUUUGUAUUCGGAACAGCACUGCAGUGGCAUUUUGCUGGAGAAACGGUGCUUAUAUGUCAAGACGGAUGAAUAUCUAUUUGAAUGGCGUAGUCGCAUAAGUACCUUGGGUCCAGAUGAGAGGGGAGAUCAACCGAUACUCUUUGUAAAGUUUUAUUUCCUUCCUCCAGAAAAUUUGUCCGAAACGGAACAACUCGAAGAUUCCAUCUUUGGUUACAGACCUUCAGAGGAUUUGUUGGACCGACCAGACAAAAUGCCGCCAAUAGAAGACAUUUUGACAGUCAUCGUGACGACAUCGCCCAUCAAGAGCAAUCCUUCUACCGAGCUGCUCGAACGAGUCUUUGACACCUUUCCAAAUGGAGGAGACUCGUUUGCCUACAAGUGCCGCAAAAUCAUUGUCUGCGACGGUUGCCGACAGCGAGACGCCAAGACAACCAAGAAACACAACAAUUUCAAACAAGCCAUGCGCAAUGGCAUUGUCAAUGACGAUCAGUAUGAAAAUUACACCCAAUUCAAACAAAAUUUAAGCAAGCUGUGCGAGUCAGCCCAACAAGACUCGGCAUUUUGGAACACUAGUGUGGAAGAGCUAGACACGAGACAUGGCUAUGGCUUUGCUCUACGACACGCUUUGCAGGAGUGUGUUUCGACGCCCUACGUCAUUGUCAUUCAACACGACCGGACCUUUAUGCGACCUACACCUAUUGAAGCGACCUUGCGCGCCAUGUGGCACAAUCAUCAUCGGAUAAAAUACGUGGGCAUGAGCAUGCGAUCCAACUUGUUGUAUCGUGAUCAGUUUGGAUCCAAAUACGGUCGUUCUUACAUGGAGGCCAUGAAGACUUGCAUUUUGAGACCUCCCGAGUUGCAGGUGGACGGGACCGCUUACGGCCCAGAAGGAGCGAACCUGGACAAUAUGGACUAUGGUGGCCAACCGCGACUCCGACAAAAUCUAGAAGCCUUGGUGGAAACCUAUCGUUCUAGCAUGUGCCAUGCGGAUCACCAAGAGUGGUUGGCCUCCAAUCCCAUUCCAUCUGCAAAGGCCCAAUUGUCAUUGACUCCCACUUUCUUUUGGUACGACAAUGUCCACAUUUGCGAGACGGCUCACUAUCGGGAUUUUGUAUUUCAUCCACCGUACAAAAUGGUAGUCAGAGGCGGCUUUGUUGAAGACAAGUUGUCUCCGGUAAUCAAAAAGGCUGUGGAACGUAUGGGUCUGGUCCAAGGGCAUGCCCGAUUCGGUUGCUAUUUGUUAGAUGAUCACUCGGGAAUGUUCUUUACGGGCCAUUUGGAUGGUGGAAGUUAUAUAACCAAAGACAAGCGCAUGGUAUUUCAACAACGAUCAUCUACAGGGAGUUCAAUGAGCGAGGACAAAUUGUGA